AUGAUCCUCGAGAUACUUGUCCUAUCUUUGCUGGGAGUGGCGUUUGGGAAUGCUGUGAUUCCCCGCGACACUCCAUCUGGAUCGAUCAGCUCUCCAGUACGUUCGUCUGUGCCGGGCACCCUAUCAACUCCCCCGUCUGAACCGACAUGCUACACCAGCAGCCAGUGGCUUGUCAUCUCGAACACCAGCGUCUUCUGGCCGACAUCCACGGACUACCUUUACGGUCCAACCACUGGACCCGGUGCAUCCGAUGUGAUCUGCGCAGCACAAUGGAUGCAAUACGAUAAGCGGUCAAGUGGGCUCUCUAGCCUUGGCCCGACCAAGACCACAACGACGACAUUAUACACUCCCACCAGCACUGGGGCCUGCAGAUCGAGCGUUACCGCCGAAAGAUACUCGGAUAUUCAUACUGGCCCAGUGACAACCCUAUGCGAUGGGGUUGCCCGGGCUCUCGGACCACGAGAAAUCGCAACAGAAUACUUCCCUGGGACUGGACCAUGCAGCACGUUCAGUGUGUCCAGCAGCACAGUCACGCCAGUCUACCGAGAGCCUCGGCAUCCCCAACAUGCAGACCGGAUCACAUCCCCGAUUCCAGGCGACACAAGGAGCCCCCUGCAGCCCGUGCACUGUCCCAACACCGCUCGAGAUCGCCCUGAGGAGGACCCUUGCUCGUCAUGCCAUUUCAUCCCAGGCACAGCGACAAUGUUCUACUGGCCCGUGACAACGGCCAACGGAGACCUGUGCGCCCAAAACGGGACAACCAUCCCCGCUACGCCAACCGGCAAUGGCCCUAACACCGCCAUCCUGGAUGAUCACACCCUCGUCUCACCCAGCAUAUAUAUCUCCUUCACGUCGAUCAACGCCUGGAGUAACCGUCGCAACGGUCACAUAUGUGGUGAACGCUAUUCCAACCAGCUGAUCUCCGUCCAUCCCACUGCCGUCACAUCGCUCCGGGACCACCGCAACGCUCGGUACCCGAGCGAGGGGACGCCAUAUCCGUUUAAUUUUGCCGAGUUCCUCCCCCAGACUAUCGGCAAUUACACGCAGUCGCUGAUCCCCUGGCCUCAGUAUCGCGGUGGCUCGCAGUGCCCCCUCUAUGAUCCCUCCUGUACGAUGGUUCGUGAUGAUUACCUGCCGUACAUUGAGGUGCCGGCAGAGGCGGCUGAGAUUGAUUCCCACUGGGAGAAGUGUGACCGGAGAUGGCUUGUCCCGGCUGUUACGAUGGUGCCUAUUGUUGAUGGGACCGCUGUGGCUCCUACUCCUACGGGUGAGUCGGAGGACACGUCGAUUGACGUGGAUGCAGUUCCAGAAGGCAUGGUCGCUGCGCCGACGCCGACGCCGACUGCUGCACCAAGGUCGUGA